UAAAGGAGGAGCUGUAACUAUAUAAUGAAGAGAAAGACUGACAGAAACAGAAAAUGGCUGAUAAGUGUGAUCUGUGUCUGCUGGGACUGAUCAUUCUCUCUUCACUUCUCACAGGUACCAGUGGAGUGAAUGAGACUGAUGUGUUCAUCAGUUCUGGUGAAAAUGUCCGUCUGCCCUGUAAUAAUGCUCUUUCUGACUGUAAGUCAACAUUUUGGAUUUACUAUAGCAUAUCCAGACAUUCAGGGGCAGAUGAACUAAUUGGUUUAGGGAUAAAGAAUAAAGACACAGAGAGACAUGAGAGACUGAGUCUGGGGUCUGACUGCUCUCUGAACAUCAAGAACGUCACAGAAGAAGAUUAUGGAUUAUACAGCUGCCAACAAUGGACAGAUGUGAAUGGACAACUACAAAAAGAAAGGAAUGAUACACGUGUUUAUCUGCAUGUUCUUCAUGUUUCAGUGUCUCAAUCAUCAUCAUCAUCAUCAUCAUCAUCCUCACAGACUGAGAUCACUCCAGGCUGCUCUGUGACUCUCUCCUGUCAUGUGCAUUCAGUCUCCUUUAUUUAUUGGGUCCAUUCUGAGGGACUUCAUCUGUUGUGGGUGAAUCAGACUGGUGUUGAUCUGACGACAGACUCCAGAUAUCAGAUAUUAUUCUCAUCGUAUCACUGUAACAUCACUCUGACUACAACACUCCUGAAUGAAGAUGACAACAGAGAGUGGAGAUGUCAGCUUACUCUCAGAAAUCAACUCCAGACCUCAGUCAGAUACACUGUCAAGUAUUCAGUCAGCAGCUCAAACUCUGAGAAGAAAUCAAGCCAAACUACAGCAGCAGCUCCUACACAAGAUCCAGCUGACACAGCAUCAGAAACUGAAGUCAGUGUGACUGCUGGAUCAUUAUUCAGAGUGAUUGUGAUUAUUGUUGAGAUGGCAGUGUUUGCUGCUCCUACUGUGAUUCUUCUUCAGAUCAUCUGUGCAAGAAGAGCUGGGAGGAAGGACUCGCAGCACCCAGAGGAAAUAGAGAUGCCUACAAUAUUACAAUAAAAUACUGCUGAGUUUGGAGACAAUCUGAAACAAGAUUUAAAACCGCAGAAACUCACAGAGGAUUGUUCAUUGUUUGAUUCUCUUCUUCUCAGAAAACAGAGAAAAAAACUCCCUGAAGUAAUAGUGACACCAUCAAGUUUAGAUUAAAUUUUGGAUGAUUGCUACUAAUUUUCUUAAAGGGGUCAUAAAUUGAUAAAUCAAAUGUUCCUUUAUCUGUAGUCAUAUGAGAAGUGAUUGUACUAUAAAAACAUUCUGUAAGUUUCAGAGCUCAAAACCUCUAUGUAAUAUGUAAUAGUGUAAUAGUGUGAUGAAAGCCUCUGCAAAUCAGAUCAAUGCCUAUUUCCACAUCAUAUCAUAUUUGGCUCCGCCCACUGGUGCGUCACUGAGAUGAGGAGAGAAGAGUAAUACAGGAUCACUGGAUCACCAAAACUCCUGUUAUGAAUCUCUAACUGUAUUUACAUCAUGCUGUAAAUUAUGAUCAGUGGGAGAUUAUUAUUCACAGAAUUAUGUUUUAUUUACAAAGUUCAGGAGGAGCAUAUUCAAAUGAUCUACCCAAUCAGCAUAAGAGAAGGCCUAUAAAUACGUAGCCGACUCACCUAUGUUCCUCGACAGUUUUUUCUGCAUCCCUCCACCACCCCGUCUUCUCACACUUGCCUGGUUACUAUCUUAACGAAAGAGUAAUAUGGGUUUGGACGACAUUCCCCCAGGCAGCACGCCAAAUACACAUACUUUUUAUUCUAUCUAAUCAUUUGUAAGUGUGAACUUGUGAAAUGAAUAAAGUUUGUUGAACAAA